UGUGGGGGCGUGUUUGCAUGUGUGUGCCUGUGUGUCUUGUGUGUGUUUCUUCUGUGUUUGUGUUUGUGUGAGUGUGUGUGUGCGUGUGAGGGAUUCAUUGACGCAUUUGAGUGACAGAGGCUGGGGCUUUUAUAAACCUCUGCCAGCCCCCCUUCAACACAAGUUUGGAGGCCACCUCUGUCUCUCUCUCUCUCUUUCUCUCUCCUCCUAUCCCUCUCUCUCUGUAACCCUCUCCCGGACUCUCUAUCCAUCGGUCUCUUCCUCCUCUGCUCUUGCCUUCUCCUUCCUGUGAGAGCGUUUACCACACAUGUUCCAGCGGACGGGUCCUGGGUGCCGGUCGUCAACAAGCCUGCUGGCGUUGUGUGCCAUGGGGCCCCGGGAGAGACCGGCCCCUGGCACCAGGUCCGUCCUCCUGGUGCUCUUCCUCCUGCUGCUGGUUUCCCCCGGCUCUUCAGCUGUCAUCACGGGGGCCUGUGAGAUGGACUCCCAGUGCGGAGGGGCUAUGUGCUGCGCGGUCAGUGUGUGGAUACGGACUCUGAGGAUGUGCACCCCCAUGGGCCAGGAGCACGACGACUGCCACCCCAUGAGUCAUAAGGUUCCCUUCAAGGGGAUGCGGUUGCAUCACACGUGUCCCUGUCUGCCCAACCUGGCCUGCAUCACCCCAGAGGACGGGAGGUCACGCUGUCUCCCCGCCUUCAAGUUCCCGGACUACUACCUCUGACGGAAACCACCUUGCUUCUGAAAGACAGGCUUGUCAAGGUCCAAUACUGGACGUCCAACCACUGGGUGUUAUUAUGUCUUAUUUAUUUUGACCUUUGAGGAAUCGAUUUUUUUAACCAGACGACCGGUGACUUGUCAAGAAGGAUUCUGACAGAUCAUUUGCACUCGUCUGUUUAUUGUAUGUUGUACAUCAUCUUGUCUGUAAUCCCACGUUAAAUAAAUACGGGUGCA